AAAAUACAAUUUGCGGUCACACUGGUCAGUCGCAUCGUCGCACGUGUUGAUAUUGUUUUUAUAUCAGCAUUUUCAUUUAUUAAAUAGUUUAGCAUCAUGUCCGACUUUGAAUUACAAGACAGUGGCUCCGAAUUCGAUUCAGAUGACAAUUCUGAUGCAGAGCUGCAAGCCGCUUUCGAGCGUGGUGAGCUGAAACCCGGUCUAAAUGUGGAAUUUGGCGGACAACGCGUCAAAAUCAAUGAUAUCACAAAACUAUUAGCCAAGGCACAAGCCAUUCGUCUAGACCUGCCCUGGGAAGAACGCCUAGACAUGGUUAACGAUCUGGCGCCUCUUGCUCCCGAGUUGGCUGUUCAGUUAGAGAAACACGAACAGAAGCGCGCAAAUCAGUUCAAGGGCAAUGCCAAGAUACCCUAUGUACGUCCCGAAGAGGAUCCCGUGUUGAAUGACUUCAAACGCGAAAUGCUCUUCCAUCGUCAAGCUCAAGCCGCAGUGGUCGAGGGAAUCCAGCGAUUGCACAAACUGGGCAUUAAGACACGUCGUCCCGAUGACUAUUUCGCCGAGAUGGCCAAAUCCGACGAACACAUGCAGAAGGUGCGCUCCAAUCUGAUGGCCAAACAGCAAGGACAAGCGAAAUCAGAACGCAUCAAGCAAAUACGCGAACAGCGCAAGAUGGGCAAAAUGUUGGCCAAACAGACUAAGGUACAACGUGAAGCUGAGAAAAAGGAGAUGCUGGAUAAGCUGAAAAAGUUCCGUAAGGGCAAGCUGAAGAAUCUGGACUUCCUUGAGGAUGCCAAGGCGCUUGAAUCGAAGCAGAAGCAAUCGGCUGACAAACGGAAACAGCGCAACAAAAAGUUCGGCUUUGGUGGUAAAAAGAAGGGACUAAAGCGCAACACAAAAGCCUCGGCCGCAGGACUCGAGGCGGAGAAGUCAACAAGGCGUCAGCGUGGCGUCAAGGCUGGUGCCUCGGUGAACAAGCGAAUGGGUAAAUCGCGUCGCAUUAAAGCCAAGGGAAGAAAGUAA